AUGAGUCUCGCCGGGGCACCGUCGCUGAAGAGUGGCAGAGACGGCCACGACGACCGAAGCAUGCCCGAGGACGGCAGCUACGACAGCUCGACGCCCCGCGCCCUCGGCGGUCUCACCGAGGCCGAAUGCGAGGUCGUCGACGGCAAAAGGCACGGCAAGGGCAAGAGGCGAAGCCUUUUCGGCUUCGGCAAGAAAAAGGCCGAGGCUUCGUGCAAGCCGGGCUGCGGCAUGGAAACGCCGCCGCUGUCCAAGGAAGGGUCGAAGCCGUCGUCGGUGCACGACAGGCCUGCGCCGUCGACGCGGCACACAAACGGCUCCCGCGCCGAGCUCGGUCCUCCGCUCUCGCACCCUUCGUCCCCGGUCCGCGGCCUGUCCUACUCGCCCCGGGUGCCGUCGCCCGCGAGCUCCCAGAUCUUCGAGCGAGACGUGCAAGACGGCACGGUGCUGAAGCCGAGCUCGCCGGCCAUCCCGACGCACAUCCGGACGGACAACUACAUCCCGCCCGUGCUCGACGAUGCCUCCGAGGCCAUCACGAACCGCAAGCUCGACCCCGACGCCGUCGAGAUCGUCACGCACACGUCCCACCAGCCCGCGUCGGUCACCGUCGCCGGCAUGGUCACCGCGAGCAGCCCCUGCGAGCAAACGUCGAGCGAAUGGGCCGCCGAGCUGGCGUCGUUUGCCGACCGCGUCGGCCUGUCCCCCGACAACGCGUCCAACUACGGCUCCCUCGACUCGGCCGACGUCCGCCGGCUGUCCUUCAUCUCCUUUGCCGACGUGGUCCAGGCCGAGCACUCGACGGGCCACGCCGCCACCUUUGGGUCGCGCGAGAGCAUCCACAUGGCCGGCCUGACGUCGAUCCCCUCGGCGCUGCUCAACCGGUCGCCGUCGCCGAUCCGCUCGCCCGUCUCCAGCCAGGAGCCGGGCACGAGCCCGCCGACGAGCAAUCCCGGCAGCGUGCUGGGCGUCGACGCGAGCCCUCCUCGCAAGCACGCCGCCGUCGGGGCCUGUGGCGGCGGCGGCGGCCACGCCAACCUCGCGACGUCGAACGACCUGAGCAUCGAGACGAUGAGGCAGGCCCUACGACGGACCGGAAGCACCGACUUGAGCAAUUUCCGGACCUUUACGGGCAGCGCGCCGACCAGCAUGCCUGCCAGCCCCAUCGACGGGCCUGCUCCUCACUGA